GCUUUCUCCAAAUACAAACCUACGCAUCGAUCGCAAGGCAAGUUCAUCAAAUCCUACGAGUCUCUGAAUCGUCCCCUUCUGCUGCAGAUUGUUUCGUUCUACCAACAGCAGGUGGGAUGUGAAUCAAUCGAGAAAGAAGGGGUAUUCUGUUAAAAUCGUAUGGGAAAAAGGGGCCUUUAGCGGAAAAUGGAAAUAAGAAUCUUGAAAAUAAAGAGAGAAUUUCUCGGAUUAUAUAAAAGGAGGAGGAGUUUAGUGUAAAAGGUUGGAAAAAAAUCCGUCUUUUUGUGGUCAGAAACAGUCCGAAGGUCACACCAUCACCGGCAGUAUAUUCGUUUCCUCCUUCGAUCGCCACUGCGACUCCGGUAUCUGCCCCUGCGGGCGCGUCGAAUCUUGAGUUCUUCUCGCGUGACUGUUAAUUUGCUUCGACUGUGAUAGGAACAAGAAGACUGGCGGAGGAUGGGCGCUGUUACCAUGGUGAUGCUAUGUGAGACGGCUUGUGCGACUGGCCAUCAUCAGUCUCUCCCCUCGCGAGAGAAUAAUUGGCCAGGUCUGCUAGAUAGGAAUUGUGGACGUAGUUGCUCUCCGGCAAGGAAACUUUUGCCUGCUAAUCUACAGAUUGUAAGUAUCGCUCUGCAUAUUAUUUGCUUUUAUGUUCAUUUGACUACCAUUUGUAUUAUCUAUUAUGAUAACUCGAAACAGAUUCAUGAAUCAGGCAACUUGAUCACCGUUCUCAAUGGAAAUUGUUUAGGGUUUUGGGCUGCAGUUUAAAGCCUUUGCAUCAUCAAGGAAAUCUGAGAAGAAACUGACAAAUGAUAGGAAAAUUUCCAAGACUACGCAAAGAAAAGAACUUCUUUCGAAAGACUUUAUGGACAUGUCAGAUGAAGCUACUUCAGGCAAUGAUACCGAUUUUAGUAAUCGCAUUGAAUUGGCAAACAAUAAUUUAGGUGCCGAUGGCUCAACUUCAUAUCCCACCAGAGGUCAAGUGCUUCAAGCCUGCAUUAUAACAUCUGGCUUGUUGCUUGCUCUGGGUGCAACAAUUCGACAGGCAGCCCAUGUUGCAUCUGUGGAAGGAUGGGCAGUACUUGACUCCUCUGAAGUAUCAUUUGGUUUUGAGAUGUGGCAUCUUGAAUUGAUAUUGGGACUUGUUCUCUUGGUAUCAUCUAGCCGGUACCUAUUAUUGAAGACAUGGCCAGACUUUUCACAAUCAAGUGAAGCUGCCAACCAACAGAUACUCGGUUCGCUCGAGCCUUUGGAUUACAUUCUAGUGGCAUUUUUACCUGGAAUUAGUGAGGAGUUGCUUUUCCGCGGGGCAUUAAUGCCGCUGUUUGGACUCAACUGGAGAAGUGCUUUGGCAGUAGCAGCCAUUUUUGGAGUUCUUCAUCUAGGUAGCGGCCGAAGAUAUUCUUUCGCAAUCUGGGCAACAUUUGUUGGCUUUGCUUAUGGUGCGGCAACGCUCAUCUCCUCCAGCAUCAUUGUUCCGAUGGCCUCACAUUCCUUGAACAAUCUUGUGGGUGGCCUUCUAUGGCGUCUCACAUCUAUCAACCCAAAGGAGCGAGACAAGUAACUCAUCACUAAUGCACGCUUUCUGUUCGAUAGAAUGUAUACAGUGUGUAGUUUUGAGAUGCUUGUAAGCGUUGACCACAUCCAUCAUAUAUCGAUUGCAGCGUCUUCUAAAUGUGGAGUUGUGAUGGGGUGACCAAUUAACGGAUCCAAAAUCCGAUUGGCGAAUUAAAU